AUUGGGGUGUAGGGGUAGGUCAGCUCACAGAUGGCUUGCUAUCGGCGUCUUGAGUUGCCUUCAUUAAAAAGAAGGAAGAUUUCCAAGUUUAUUACUUUUUUUUUCUCUCUCUCUGCUAGACAGUGGUCGGGUUGUUGGUGGGUCGCACAAUAGGGGUGGGUGCGGCCGAGUCGAACCCCACCCAACCUUUCGGACGACCCUGUCGCAGUCACACAUGUGGGAUGUUGAAGUUCGUUCAUAGAAGCAAUUGGCCGGUCUCCUUCCACUACAAAAUUAUUUUUCAUUUAGAAUGUGAAAGUUCCCAGUUUUAUUUUAUUUGAAGAAAGAAAAAAAAAUUUAAUUGUCGGAAUGAAAAACCACCUAAGUUGGCCACUCAAAAUGCAGGAAUACGAAUUUAUUUUCAUUGUCAUACAUUUGGGAACUCGAAACGCAGAUAUCUCAGAAGGGUACAAUUCUGAAUUAUCCACCGAGACAGGCUAACCAUGUUAUACGAUGUCUCUACAUUACUGUUUCUGCUAGCGAUAGUGGCUGCUGACACAAAUUCUCAUCAAAGACUUAAAUCAACAACGAAGCCAGACAUUUUAAUCGAGAGACCGUUGUUACCCAAAUCAUUCGAUCCACCAACACACAUUAGUGAGUUUACAGAUCCUGACACAGGUCUCAAUCCUUUCCUUGAUUUAGAGGAAGGCCCCACUUUCAUUGGUCGAAAUAUAAUGAAAGAUGAAACUCGACAUGAUCCUCCUUUCAUGGAUUUUAACAUUAUGGAAGGAGAUGGAUCGAAUCGCCAAUGGCUGGAAUUAGGCGUCCCAAAGGAACCUAUGGAAGAACCUAUUUCCAGAUGGGUCCCUUUUGAAGAGGAAGUGAAGCUGGAAGAUUUUAAUUUUCAGACAACAUUGCAAACAUAUCCUACUGAUACUGAUCAAAUGAUUUCAUUAUCACCAACUUCUGAUUAUGAGCAGGUGCAUGAUGAUGAAAUGUAUGAAGAUAAUGAACAAAGAGUAACUAAAGAACUGCAAGACUCGGUUUUUUCAAAUGUCACAGCAAUUUGUGCUACAUUGGCAAUAAUUAUUUUAGCAAUUGUUCUUAGUAUUUUGGGCGUUUGUUGGUGGAGAAAAAGGUUUAGAUCAAGGACUACACGAUCACCCACAACGUUAGAAAAUGGAGAGUUAAAAUGUUGAUGUAGAUAAAAUUUAUUAAGUAUGUAGAUAAAUUUUUUAAAUGAAAUCAACAAAUGCUUUUAUAGCUAAAAACUUUGAAUCCUGUCUCCCAAUUGAAUUACACGGGCUAAAAAUAGAAGUUCAAAAAAUUUCAUAGAACCAAUUUUCUUUUUAUAAGUGCAUGGACUAAGACGUCAAUGUUUCAUUGGGUAUUACAAGCAUGUACACUAAAAUAAUCGAUUACAGGUUGAUUAAAACAAACAUUUAUUAAAUUUAAAGGGUUUUUUUCCGGUUAGAAUAUGUAUUUAAUUUUACCACAAAUUCUAAACUUUAAAUAGCAUUAAGUGAUACAUAUUAGAAUCACUAAUUCCCUGAUAACCAAAUUUUUCAUCUUCAGUGGAAUUUUCUAUAUUAUUUUAAUAAGUGCUAAUUAGUUAAGAGAUUUUUUUUGGGGUGGGAGGAAUAGGUUGAUAAUUAUUGUAGACAUUUAUUUUUUAUUGAAAGCUUGUUUAGUUAAAGACUUCAAAGAUUGAUUUUUUAGUAACUUAAAAUUGGAUUAAAGUGUUUUAAAAUGAUGUAGUAAAUACAUUCAAGCUUAGUGUUUCUAAGAUGUGGUAUGACGAGCAAAAUGCACAAUUUUUUUUAAAAUUUCAUUGAACUUAGUGCAGAAUUGCAUUCAAAUCAACAAAGGACAUUGGAAAAUGCAUCUAAGAUUAACUACUUCGACAGAAACACAAAUUAACUCUCUGUUGUUUGAGACAGAUUUGUCCACAAAAUUAAUAUCAUAAAAAUAAAUUUUUUAUUUUAUUUUUUUUCAUCCAUAAAAGUAGCAGUAAUGAGAUUCAGACAGUUAAUAUGAGCACACACCGAUUUUUUGUUCACAAAAUUUCCAUAAUUUGGAAUUCAAAACUGGUUGAUAUGAUUUCAUCUGUAAAAUAUUUGUUUAAGAAAGGUACAAGGUUAUUAUUUUUUUUUUAAAAUUUAAUUCACUACUACUAGCUGACAUGCAGUAGGAUGGAAUGGAAAGAGGGAAACUUUUUGAAUAAACAGGAUGUUCUGUAAUGACUAUUCUUAAUAGAUAUUUUAAGAAUUCUGGCCAAAAAUGAAGUGGCAUAAGUAUUUUAAUGUUUAAAGAAAGGAGAAAACAAAACACUAUCAAAAUUUGAUUAAUUAUAACUGAAGAAAGCAGGUCCGAAAAUAUCAUUCAGAGAGUAACAAACAAAAACAGAGAGGAGUGGAAAACUGAUUCUUAGAAACACCUCCAAAUUAUAUGAGGCAAUCAAACUGGUUUUAAUGUUUUUAAUUCCACUUGUAUAACAAAAUAUUUUCCAGCUUCCAACAGAUUUUUAAUUUUUACUUUAGCAUACAAAGUAAAGAUUCUAUUAUUUGCAUUUUAAGAUGCAUACUAUGUAGUUUUUAAUGAAGCACAGAGAAGUAAAUGCAAUUAAAAUGUUCUAUUACUUUUUUUUUGCUCUUGUGGGAUCUUAAGAUCCCACAAUUAAAUGAAUUUCCAUAUUCAGGUUAGUUAUGGCUGCCUGCAUUACAACAACACUUUGUUCAUAAUAUGUUUAAAAAUUAUUUAAAUAUUCUAUUCAAGAAUAAUGGCGAAUUUAAGAAUUUUAUUCUUGAAUUACAUAACUAAGUAUAAGUCUUGAUGGUAAUUAAAGGCUUAAACUGGAUCUGAUUGCAAUGAAUCACAAAUUUUUUUAUUUGGAGAUUGAUAAAAAAUAAUCUUUGAAUAUGGCACAUGUAUUGUAAUUUAUGAUUUAUUAAGAGACAUUUGCCACAGGGAGUGUAGUUUCAAGUAACUUUUCUUUCAAUCUCUUUUUUUAUUAAGAAUUACUAAUUGGUAAGCAGUCAAUUUAGCACGAAUAUAGUUAGAAUGAUUACACUUUUCUGUUAGUUAAAAAUUUAUUUUAAAAAUCGAUAAUUGUAGAUUUGUAAUUUAAGAUAUGUUGAAUUAGUGUAGAAUAAUUAUGAAAGUAUUUUGAUUUUUAUCAUUUCAAAAUUAAAAUAAAUUUUAACUCAGGAAUAUUUAAAUGUAUAAAAUAGGAAACUACUUUUAAAUUAAUAUAAUAAAACAUAAUUUGUUUCAAAACACUCUGUUUUAAGCAGAGCGAGUUAUUGAACUAGAAGUGAUCUUUUUACCUAUAAAAUGUAUUAUAACAGGCUUAAUGGCCUGACUCCUCAUAAUGAUGUAUGAAUUUUAUGGCAUGGUUGUUGCAUUCGAUAUUCUUCUGUACAUAUUUUCUCUCUCAAUAUUAAACUAUAUUAUAUAUUACAAUAUUUAAUGUAUGCAGGAAUAACUUUUAUUACUUUUUUUUUAUAAUUUCACAUCAAAAUUCAUGCAAAUUAUUAUAACAUUUUGUACAUAAAGUUCACUUUGUAAACUUUUGUUUCCUAUGGAAAUAGCUACAUGAACUCAUAGUAUUUUUUUAAGUCUAAAUUAUUAUUAUGAGCUAAAUGUGUCAAAAAAAAUUAUAUUUGUAUUAAAUAAAUUAUUUGGUAGAAAACUUUAUUUUGAAAUAAUUUGAAUAAACUUAUACUUAUAGAGGUAGAAAAUUAUAAUUUAAAUUACACAUAGUAAAUAUUUAAUAAGUUCACUUUUUUACGAUUUGUUUAAAUUUUAGCACACUUUCAAGUUUAAGUUAUUCCACAAAUUUUUGAAAUUAUUAUUGUUAUAUUAUUUUAUGCAUUACAAAUUGGAAUAUUAUUAAAUCUUGUUACUUUA